AUGCUGGCCGAACUGACUGGGCACACAGCUCCGGUGACGUGCAUAGCCUAUCAUCCCACCGUUCUCCUCCUGGCUACGGCGUCGGCCGACCGGACAGUUCGCAUAUUCGAUCUCGAGAAUUUUACGCAGGUUUCGGUUAGCGGUGUUGAGUUGGCUGCUUCUGCUGUUCGACGCCUGGCUUUCCAUCCGGAGGGUGUCUGUCUCUACGUCGCAACAACCGAACACCUGAAGGUACGCACCUGCACGCUGUUUCGACAUUCCACACGUCCCACCCUUCUCUGA